AUGUGUGAUUGUGUAGAACAGUACAUCGAUAAGUCUGCUGAGGAGCUGGAUGAGGAGGUGGAGUACGAUAUAGACGAGGAAGACUACAUCUGGCUGGACAUCAUGAAUGACAAGCGGCGGGCUGACGGGGUGGUGCCCAUCCCUCAGGAGGUCUUCGAGUACCUGAUGGAUCGCCUGGAGAAGGAGUCCUACUUUGAGAGUCACAACAAGGUUUAUAUCACCCUGACGCCUGCGUCUCCUUCACCUCCUCUCAGGUACAUCGAUAAGUCUGCUGAGGAGCUGGAUGAGGAGGUGGAGUACGAUAUAGACGAGGAAGACUACAUCUGGCUGGACAUCAUGAAUGACAAGCGGCGCGCUGACGGGGUGGUGCCCAUCCCUCAGGAGGUCUUCGAGUACCUGAUGGAUCGCCUGGAGAAGGAGUCCUACUUUGAGAGUCACAACAAGGUGAGCUGCGCUUCAGUCAUCAAUGAAGAUGCCGUGUGCUGCAUCUGUAACGACGGCGAGUGUCAGAACAGCAACGUCAUCCUGUUCUGUGACAUGUGUAACCUGGCAGUGCAUCAGGAGUGCUACGGCGUUCCCUACAUCCCCGAGGGCCAGUGGCUGUGCCGCCGCUGCCUGCAGUCACCCUCCAGAGCCGUGGACUGCGCCCUGUGCCCUAACAAGGGCGGCGCGUUCAAGCAGACAGACGACGCUCGCUGGGCUCAUGUGGUGUGUGCCCUCUGGAUUCCUGAGGUGUGUUUUGCUAAUACGGUCUUCCUGGAGCCCAUCGACAGCAUCGAGCACAUCCCUCCUGCCCGCUGGAAGCUGACCUGCUACAUCUGUAAACAGCGCGGCUCUGGCGCCUGCAUCCAGGGCCACAAAGCCAACUGCUACACCGCCUUCCACGUCACCUGCGCUCAGCAGGCCGGCCUCUACAUGAAGAUGGAGCCUGUGCGCGAGACCGGCGCUAACGGGACUUCAUUUAGCGUGCGCAAAACAGCCUACUGCGACAUCCACACGCCGCCAGGCUCCGCCCAACCGCUGGGGGGUGUGGGAGGGGCCAGCGCAGGCUCCUCCCACAGCGAGGGCGAGGCGGAGGAUGAGGAGGAUGUGGCGGGAGGCGAGGAAGACGGGAAGGGCUGGAGCUCAGAGCGCGCCAAGAGGGCCAAAGCAAAGUCACGGCUGAAGAUGAAGAGGGCCAGAAAGAUCCUGGCCGAGAGGAGAGCGGCCGCGCCGGUGGUGUCAGUGCCGUGUAUUCCACCGCACAAGCUGAGUAAGAUCACCAGUAACCUGACGGUGCAGAGGAAGGGUCAGUUCAUGCAGAGGCUGCACAGCUACUGGACGCUGAAGAGACAGAGCCGUAACGGCGUUCCUCUCCUGCGGCGUCUCCAGACGCACCUGCAGUCCCAGCGCAACGCUGAGCCGCUCCCCGCCACGAGAGACGGCCUGGAGAAGCACUCGGUGUUGAAGGAGCAGCUGAAAGCGUGGCAGAGACUCCGGCACGACCUGGAACGAGCCCGGCUGCUGGUGGAGCUCAUCCGCAAGAGAGAGAAGCUCAAGAGGGAGACCGUAAGACUCGGUCAUCUUACACAUUAUCAUGUCCCAGAUUACCUGGACCACAUCGAGCGCCCAAUGGAUUUCCAGACCAUGUGGAAGUGUUUAGAGUCGCAUCGCUAUCUCAGCUUCGAAGCUUUCGAGGGUGACUUUCUGUUGAUCGUCAACAACUGUUUGAAGUACAACGCCAAAGACACGGUUUUCUACCGUGCUGCGCUACGCUUGCGAGAAGCAGGUGCCGCUGUUUUACGGCAAGCUCGCAGACAGGCAGAGAGAAUCGGAUUCGAUUACGAGACAGGCAUGCAUCUUCCUCGAGAGCCAAGCCCGGAUUCACCACACGAACGAGAGAGAGAGAGACAGCGAGACAGAGACCGAGACCGAGACCGAGAGAGAUCAGCAUUACUCAUUGAUGACGAUUUCCUGGUGGAGAAUCGGCGGCGUUUGCCUGUAGAGGAGCAGCUGCAGAUCCUGCAGGCGUGCUACGAUGAGGCCAUGUCGGGGAAGCACAGCAUCGGUCAGUCGCGGCGAGCUAAAGCCCUGAAGAAAGAGAUGACGGUACUGAAGCGCAAGCUGGCGCACCAGCGCGAGGGCAUCUGUGGCAUGGGCAGCCGUGAGUCGGGCCUGUCUCUGGAGCGCGGCUCGGUCCUCGCGCAUCACGCCUCGGGGGGAAACCGGCACGGUGAAGGAGAGAGCAGCAGCCACGACAUCGGUGGGAAAGAUCUGAGCACAUCAUCUUCAGCUCUGGCCCCUGAGGUCGGCCGGCGUACCUCUGUCCUCUUCUCCAAGAAGAACCCUAAAGCGGCCGGGCCUCCCAAGCGCCCGGGUCGACCCCCUAAGAACCGAGAGGCGCUGCAUGGGCCGGGGGUGCUGGGGUCCAGUCCAAUAGGCCCUCCGCAGCUCCCCUUGCUCACCUCAUCCCGCAAGAGAGCCCACAGUCCCCAGUCCAGCUCCAGCUUCGAGACCGACAGCGAGCACGAUCACCUCAUCCUGGAUCUUCACAGUAAUGGUUUUGGUGGAAGCAGUCAGCCGAAGACCGAGAGUUUCCUGGUGUACAGGAACGAGCGCAGUCUGCCACGCUCCAGCUCCGACUCAGAGUCUACCAGCAGCAGUAGCAGCAGCGCCGCGUCUGACAGGACCAGCACCACUCCUUCUAAACAGGGCCGUGGAAAAGCCUCGUUCUCACGCUCUGCCUUUCAGGAGGACAGCAGCGAGGAAACGUCCGGCACGGAGAAUGACUCCUACUCCAUGGGAGGAUCCCGAGGAGUGUCUCACUUGGUUCGGGGCCGGGGCCGCUCUGGAUGCUGGAUGGGUUCAGAUGACUACAGCUCUCUGGACGCUCUGGAUCUGGUGUGGGCCAAGUGCAGAGGAUACCCAUCAUACCCCGCUCUGAUCAUUGAUCCCAAGAUGCCACGGGAGGGUGUGUUCCACCGGGGCGUCCCGAUUCCUGUCCCGCCGAUAGAGGUGCUGAAGCUGGGAGAGCAGAUGACGCAGGAGGCGCGCGAGCAUCUCUUCCUCGUGCUCUUCUUCGACAACAAGAGGACCUGGUUAGUUACACGCUCAUGCUCUUCCUCCUGCUUUUUGCACUGUUAGGACACACACACAAAUGUUUGUGUCUGUCAAAAAUGCUCAUACAUUUAAGAGGAACCACAAUUACACUACUCUUCAAAUGUUUGGGCUCAGAAAUUAAUAGCUUUAUUCAUCAAGGACCCAUUAAAUUGUUCAAAAGUGACAGUAAAAACAUUUAUAAUGCCACAAAAGAUUUCUGUUUCAAAUAAAUGCUGUUCUUCUGAACUUUCCACUCGCUUUCGUCCUCGUGUUUUGAAGUCGCUGCUGUGAUGAGAGGAAUCUUCCACACAUACAGUCAUACAAACUUCUCUUGGUAAUUUUUCCACUGAGGUGACGGAUAUAUUUUUCAGCAUGCGGUUUAUGUCUUUGAUCUUGAAUCUUCUCUUCACUUGCACCAGUGAGAGCAGAAAUGAUAUUCUUACAUUGAUAUUCAAAAACCUAGAAAUGCAUCUAUUUCACAACUAAGUGCAUUUUACUGUAAUUGCCAUACCAUAAUGACCAAAAAUCUAAUUCUCAUUGCUGUGAAGUGUCUUAAAAUUCUCAUUUGAGGUUUGUUUUUUUUUUUGGUAAUUUGCAGCAUUUUAAUGGUGAUUAUUCUUAAUGAUCACACAGUCAUUACUGUUGUACAGGGGUCCUCCUGAAUCAUCAUGGUAAAUGCAGGCGGGGGUUAAUGUGCUUAAUAUUCAUUAAAAUCUUAAUGCAAAACAUCUUAAUGAUCUUUCUCAUUACAAGAGGCUCCAUAAUGCUAGUUGAUGUUGAUCCACUUUGACCUUCUCAUGAGAGCAUUGUAGCCCUGUCAGCAUCUCUGUGUGCAGACAAACAGAGAGAAAUAGGCCAGAGGAAAUGAACAUGAACAUGCUGUACAGAGCUGAAAGUACAUGUGGAUGAGAAAAGAGACACUAAAUGUGUGCGUGUGUGUGUGUGUCUUUGUGCGUGUGUG